AUGCUAAAAAUCAUUAUCCCCACCGCUAUGCUUAUACCAAUAACAUGAUUAUCAAAACCUAACAUAAUCUGAAUUAACUCAACAGCCUACAGCCUACUAAUUAGUCUUAUUAGCCUCUCCCAUCUAAAUCAACUAGGUGAUAACAGCUUAAACUUCUCAUUAUUAUUUUUCUCAGACUCACUCUCUGCACCUCUACUGGUAUUAACAACAUGACUUCUGCCACUAAUACUCGUAGCCAGCCAAUCACACCUAUCAAAAGAAACCUUAACCCGAAAAAAACUAUAUAUUACAAUACUCAUCCUCCUACAACUCCUCUUGAUCAUAACAUUUACCGCCACAGAACUAAUUAUAUUCUAUAUUCUAUUUGAAGCCACAUUAAUCCCCACUUUAAUUAUCAUUACCCGAUGAGGCAACCAAACAGAACGACUAAAUGCUGGCUUGUAUUUUCUAUUUUAUACCCUAAUAGGCUCAUUACCUCUUUUAGUCGCACUAUUAUAUAUCCAACACACACUAGGAACCCUAAACUUCUUAAUCAUUCAAUACUGAGCCAAACCCAUCUCAACUACCUGAUCCAACAUUUUCCUCUGACUAGCAUGCAUAAUAGCAUUUAUAGUAAAAAUACCUUUAUACGGACUCCACCUCUGAUUGCCAAAAGCACAUGUUGAAGCCCCUAUCGCCGGCUCAAUAGUGCUUGCCGCCGUAUUAUUAAAGCUAGGGGGGUACGGAAUAAUGCGCAUCACAAUUUUACUAAACCCCACAACAAAUCAAAUAGCAUACCCCUUUAUAAUACUAUCCCUAUGAGGAAUAGUUAUAACAAGUUCUAUUUGUCUACGUCAAACAGACCUAAAAUCUUUAAUUGCAUACUCAUCUGUAAGCCAUAUAGCCCUAGUAAUUGUAGCAGUACUAAUCCAAACACCCUGAAGCUACAUAGGAGCCACAGCCCUAAUAAUUGCCCACGGACUAACUUCAUCCAUAUUAUUUUGUCUUGCAAACUCAAACUAUGAACGAGUACAUAGCCGAACAAUAAUCCUAGCACGAGGCUUACAAACUAUUCUUCCCCUGAUAGCUGCUUGAUGACUACUAGCCAGCCUCGCAAACCUAGCCCUACCGCCCACAAUUAACCUAAUCGGAGAACUAUUUGUAGUAAUAGCCUCUUUCUCAUGAUCCAACAUAACCAUUAUCCUCAUAGGUACAAACAUUAUCAUCACAGCCCUGUAUUCUCUCUAUAUACUCAUUACAACCCAACGAGGUAAGUACACACAUCACAUUAAAAAUAUUAACCCAUCAUUUACACGAGAAAACACCCUAAUAGCCCUACAUAUACUCCCCCUUCUCCUCUUAUCACUUAACCCCAAAAUUGUAUUAGGACCCAUUUAUU